GUGGUUGCACUGGACUACGAGCAAAGUCACCAAAACAAAGAAAACUAAGAGAGAGAGAGUGAAAUCACCAAGGAACUAAGAGCCAAGAUGACAGGCUUUGGAUCUCCUUGUGGAGCCUGCAAAUUCUUGAGGAGGAAGUGUGUGAGGGGCUGUGUCUUUGCUCCUUAUUUCUGCCAUGAACAAGGAGCCACACACUUCGCUGCAAUUCACAAGGUAUUCGGUGCAAGCAAUGUUUCUAAGCUCCUUGCACACCUCCCUGUAACAGACCGUUGUGAAGCAGCGGUGACAAUCUCUUACGAAGCUCAAGCAAGACUCCAAGAUCCCAUAUAUGGAUGUGUCUCUCAUAUUUUCGCACUUCAACAACAGGUUGUCAACCUACAAGCACAGCUCGCCACUCUCAAGGCACAAGCAGCACAGAACCUUGUCAAUGGCUCUACUACCUCAAGCCCCCAAGAAGACAAGUUCUAUGGAAAAUUUCCUUCUUAUCCACAGGAUGUCCAAGGUUUGUUUAUUUCAGAGAAUUCUCGGAUGGCACAGCAAUUCCUUCCGAAUCAGAACACCAAUGUGGAUUCCUUGAUGUACUAUGACAACGGAUACAUGGAUCUCAACCCUAUGGAUGAAUAUCAGAACUCUGUCGUACCUGAAGAAACUGUCUCAUUCACUAGUUUUGAAGACCCAUCUCAUGCCAUGGCUUCACUCGACAUGCAAGCAAACAGCAGGAAGUGGGCGUUCCAAGAUAUGGAUGACCUUCAAUCAGUGGCCUUUUCCUAUCUUCAACGCUCAUGAGAUGAAGGAGAUCUAGCCUGGGCCAAAUUAAUUGGUGCAGCAGAAGAUUUCAUCAAUUUUGAAGUGCUACUAAAUACUUCUAAACAUGAGCCGUUGCUACUAAAAUUGAAGUAGGCUUGCUAGGAUCCCUAGAAUUAAUGCUUAAUUAUUCAAUUAGAAACCCUAUAUAUGAUCCAUCUAUGGUGGUUUCUUAGAUCUUGUGUAUCCUUAAUUAGUAAUUGUGUAUUGAUAGGGUUAUAGUGUAAGCAUUUGUCAAAGAGGAAAAAUUAAUGGGGAAUUCA